GAAGAGCGUGUUCCACCUUGCGGGACAGCGUCUCCGUCUCCGCCGCCACCCCUCGCGGAGGGGUCGCGGAGUCUUCAGAGGCCACGCACCCCGAGUGGACGGAGGGCACGGAACCUUGGCGGGCAAGCCGAGAAGAAGCCAGGCCGGGCUGUCGCGAAAGGGAGGAAGGAGAAAGGACCCGACUAGGAGUCGCGGCGGCGGGAUUCUGUUUCCUGCGGUGGCGGACGGAUUUGGCAGUACGUUAACUUCCGGGAGCGUCCUGUCCCUGAGAGGAAAAGCCCUGAAGGAAACAAUAACAAACGAGCAGGAGGAAGCGCUCCUGGGUCUUCUGUGAGGGACGGUUCUCUCCUGAGAAGAUGCUCUGCGGCCCCUGUGAGGGGACGUGAGAGGGCUUGGUGACCGUCAGCCCGCCUCUCCCCGCUCGUGCACCUCAGGGGCCCCCUGGCUACUGCCAUGGCGGCCGUGGGCCCAGGGGGCUACGCGGCGGAGUUCGUGCCGCCGCCGGAGUGCCCGGUCUUCGAGCCCAGCUGGGAGGAGUUCUCAGACCCUCUCAGUUUCAUCGGCCGCAUCCGCCCUUUGGCUGAGAAAACUGGCAUCUGCAAGAUCCGUCCUCCCAAGGAUUGGCAACCUCCAUUUGCUUGUGAAGUAAAAACCUUCCGCUUCACUCCCAGAGUCCAGCGCCUGAAUGAACUUGAGGCAAUGACUAGAGUGAGAUUGGACUUCUUGGAUCAACUGGCAAAGUUUUGGGAACUUCAAGGAUCUACAUUGAAGAUCCCCGUGGUGGAGAGAAAAAUCCUGGAUUUGUAUGCUUUAAGUAAGAUUGUUGCCAGCAAAGGAGGUUUUGAAAUAGUCACCAAAGAGAAGAAAUGGUCUAAAGUGGGUAGCCGCUUGGGAUAUCUGCCAGGAAAAGGAACUGGGUCUCUUUUGAAGUCACACUAUGAAAGAAUUCUCUACCCAUAUGAGCUUUUUCAGUCUGGUGUCAGCCUUAUGGGUGUACAAAUGCCUGAUUUAGAUAUUAAAGAAAAAGUUGAGACUGAGGUUCUUAGCACUGAUAUCCAACCUUCCCCAGAGCGGGGAACAAGAAUGAAUAUUCCGCCAAAGAGAACAAGACGUGUCAAGUCUCAGUCAGACUCUGGAGAAGUAAACAGGAACACAGAACUGAAGAAACUUCAGAUUUUUGGGGCUGGACCCAAGGUUGUGGGCCUGGCAGUAGGAGCAAAAGAUAAAGAAGAUGAGGUCACCCGAAGACGGAAAGCUACCAACAGAUCAGAUGCAUUUAACAUGCAAAUGAGACAACGGAAAGGAACUCUCUCUGUUAACUUUGUUGAUCUCUAUGUUUGUAUGUUUUGUGGCCGGGGAAACAAUGAGGAUAAAUUGCUUUUGUGUGAUGGAUGUGAUGACAGCUAUCAUACGUUUUGUCUACUUCCGCCACUACCUGAUGUGCCCAAAGGAGACUGGAGGUGUCCUAAAUGUGUUGCUGAGGAAUGUAACAAACCUCGAGAAGCCUUUGGAUUUGAGCAAGCUGUAAGAGAAUAUACACUUCAAAGCUUUGGCGAGAUGGCGGAUAAUUUUAAAUCUGAUUAUUUCAAUAUGCCAGUCCAUAUGGUUCCUACAGAACUAGUAGAAAAGGAAUUCUGGCGGCUAGUGAGUAGUAUUGAAGAAGAUGUUAUUGUAGAGUAUGGAGCUGAUAUCUCUUCAAAAGAUUUUGGAAGUGGAUUUCCUGUAAAGGAUGGUCAGAGAAAGAUGUUGCCAGAAGAAGAGGAGUAUGCACUUUCUGGUUGGAAUUUGAAUAACAUGCCUGUUCUGGAGCAAUCUGUUCUUGCACAUAUUAAUGUGGACAUUUCUGGUAUGAAGGUGCCAUGGCUGUAUGUGGGGAUGUGUUUUUCUUCUUUUUGCUGGCAUAUUGAAGAUCACUGGAGCUAUUCCAUUAACUACUUGCAUUGGGGCGAGCCAAAGACAUGGUAUGGUGUACCAUCUCAUGCUGCAGAACAACUGGAGGAGGUGAUGAGGGAGCUGGCCCCUGAGUUAUUUGAAUCACAGCCUGAUCUCCUACAUCAGUUAGUAACCAUCAUGAACCCAAAUGUGCUCAUGGAGCAUGGUGUGCCAGUGUACAGGACUAAUCAGUGUGCUGGAGAGUUCGUUGUGACGUUUCCUCGUGCCUAUCACUCUGGAUUUAAUCAGGGAUACAACUUUGCUGAAGCUGUGAACUUCUGUACUGCUGACUGGUUGCCCAUUGGACGACAGUGUGUAAAUCACUAUCGACGGCUGAGGCGCCAUUGUGUCUUUUCACACGAGGAACUAAUUUUCAAGAUGGCAGCCGAUCCAGAAUGCUUAGAUGUAGGGCUGGCUGCCAUGGUUUGCAAAGAGUUGACUCUCAUGACUGAAGAAGAAACACGAUUAAGGGAAUCAGUUGUACAAAUGGGUGUCGUGAUGUCAGAAGAAGAAGUUUUUGAACUUGUUCCUGAUGAUGAGCGACAGUGUUCAGCAUGCAGAACCACAUGUUUUCUCUCAGCUCUCACGUGCUCCUGUAAUCCGGAGCGACUUGUAUGUCUGUACCAUCCAACUGAUUUGUGCUCCUGCCCCAUGCAGAACAAAUGUCUUAGGUACCGCUACCCACUAGAAGACCUCCCUUCUCUACUUUGUGGCGUAAAAGUGAGGGCACAGUCCUAUGACACUUGGGUCAGUCGUGUUACAGAAGCAUUGUCAGCUAGCUUCAACCAUAAGAAAGAUUUGAUUGAAUUGAGAGUAAUGUUGGAAGAUGCCGAGGAUAGGAAAUACCCAGAGAACGAUCUCUUUCGAAAGCUCAGGGAUGCAGUGAAAGAAGCUGAGACUUGUGGUUCUGUGGCUCAGCUGCUUCUGAGCAAAAAGCAAAAACACAGGCAGAGCUCAGAUAGUGGGAAGACUCGGACCAAACUGACAGUAGAAGAAUUGAAGGCCUUUGUCCAGCAACUUUUUAGUCUUCCGUGUGUCAUCAGCCAAACUCGACAAGUAAAGAAUCUGCUGGAUGAUGUAGAAGAAUUUCAUGAACGUGCCCAGGAGGCCAUGAUGGAUGAAACCCCAGAUUCUUCCAAACUCCAAAUGUUGAUAGACAUGGGCUCUAGUCUCUAUGUGGAACUGCCUGAAUUGCCUCGACUGAAGCAAGAGCUACAACAGGCUCGGUGGUUGGAUGAAGUAAGACUAACCCUGUCAGAUCCACAACAAGUCACUUUGGAUGUCAUGAAGAAGCUCAUUGACUCUGGGGUAGGGUUGGCACCUCAUCAUGCUGUGGAAAAAGCAAUGGCUGAACUGCAGGAGCUCCUCACAGUCUCUGAACGAUGGGAAGAGAAGGCUAAGGUCUGCCUGCAGGCAAGACCUCGACACAGUAUGGCAAAUUUAGAAAAUAUUGUGAAUGAAGCCAAGAACAUUCCAGCCUUUCUACCCAAUGUAUUGUCCUUAAAAGAAGCCUUACAAAAGGCUCGUGAAUGGACAGCUAAAGUGGAAGCUAUUCAGAGUGGCAGUAACUAUGCUUACUUGGAGCAACUUGAGAGCUUAUCUGCUAAAGGACGCCCCAUCCCUGUGCGUCUUGAUGCACUGCCUCAAGUGGAAUCACAGGUCGCAGCAGCACGGGCCUGGAGAGAACGGACUGGGCGGACCUUUCUAAAGAAGAAUUCCAGCCACACAUUGUUACAGGUGCUGAGUCCUCGAACUGACAUUGGUGUAUAUGGGAGUGGAAAAAGUAGGAGAAAAAAAGUAAAAGAAAUAAUAGAAAAAGAAAAGGAGAAGGACCUAGACCUUCAGCCUUUGAGUGAUUUAGAAGAAGGACUAGAGGAGACCAGAGAUACAGCCAUGGUGGUGGCAGUUUUCAAAGAACGAGAACAAAAAGAGAUUGAGGCCAUGCAUUCCCUCAGAGCAGCCAACCUAGCCAAGAUGACAAUUGUGGACCGCAUAGAAGAAGUAAAAUUUUGUAUUUGCCGCAAGACAGCUAGUGGGUUUAUGCUACAGUGUGAGCUCUGUAAAGACUGGUUCCAUAACAGCUGUGUUCCCCUGCCUAAAUCAAGUUCCCAGAAAAAGGGAUCUAGCUGGCAGGCUAAAGACGUAAAAUUCCUUUGCCCUCUUUGUAUGAGAUCUCGAAGACCCAGGCUAGAGACUAUUCUGUCACUCCUGGUAUCCCUUCAGAAGUUGCCUGUACGGUUGCCUGAAGGAGAGGCACUUCAGUGUUUGACAGAACGUGCCAUGAGUUGGCAAGACAGAGCACGGCAAGCCUUAGCCACAGAUGAACUGUCCUCUGCCCUGGCCAAACUCUCUGUGUUAAGCCAACGGAUGGUGGAACAAGCAGCACGAGAAAAAACUGAAAAGAUCAUCAGUGCAGAACUCCAAAAAGCAGCUGCUAAUCCAGACUUGCAGGGACACUUACCUAGUUUCCAACAGUCUGCUUUUAGCCGGGUGGCGAGUAGUGUAUCAUCUUCCCCCCGCCAAACAGUGGACUAUGAUGAUGAAGAAACAGAUUCUGAUGAAGAUAUUCGGGAAACAUACGGCUAUGACAUAAAGGAUACAGCCAGUGUGAAAUCCUCUAGUAGUCUGGAGCCCAAUCUCUUUUGUGAUGAAGAAAUUCCCAUUAAGUCUGAGGAAGUGGUAACUCACAUGUGGACAGCACCUUCGUUCUGUGCAGAACAUGCGUAUUCUUCUGCUUCUAAGAGUUGUUCUCAAGGUUCUAGCACACCAAGAAAGCAGCCUCGAAAGAGCCCUUUGGUUCCCCGAAGUUUGGAGCCUCCGGUGUUGGAGUUGUCUCCUGGAGCAAAAGCCCAGUUGGAAGAACUCAUGAUGGUGGGAGACCUCCUAGAAGUAUCUCUGGAUGAGACACAACACAUAUGGCGGAUUCUGCAGGCCACACAUCCCCCCUCAGAGGACAGAUUCUUACAUAUCAUGGAGGAUGAUAGCAUGGAAGAGAAACCACUAAAAAUGAAAGGAAAGGAUUCUUCUGAGAAGAAACGGAAACGGAAGCUAGAGAAGGUAGAACAAUUUUUUGGAGAAGGAAAACAGAAGGUCAAGGAGCUAAAGAAAACAGAUAAACCUAAAAAGAAAAAAUUAAAAUUAAAUGUGGACAAAUCCAAAGAGCUGAAUAAGUUGGCCAAGAAGCUAGCCAAAGAAGAAGAGAGAAAGAAAAAGAAAGAAAAGGCUGCUGCAGCCAAAGUCGAACUUGUGAAAGAGAGUACUGAGAAGAAAAGAGAGAAAAAAGUGCUGGAUAUCCCCUCAAAGUAUGACUGGUCAGGAGCAGAGGAAUCUGAUGAUGAGAAUGCUGUGUGCGCAGCCCAGAACUGCCAAAGGCCGUGUAAGGACAAGGUAGACUGGGUGCAAUGUGAUGGUGGCUGUGAUGAGUGGUUUCAUCAAGUUUGUGUUGGUGUAUCCCCAGAAAUGGCUGAAAAUGAAGAUUACAUCUGUAUAAACUGUGCAAAGAAGCAGGGGCCAGAUAGCCCAGGCCAAGCACCACCUACUCCCUUCAUAAUGAGCUACAAACUACCAAUGGAGGAUCUUAAAGAGACCAGUUAGCAGAUGCUUGGUUAGCUCGCAACAUGGGGGGAAGUGGACCACAUUGAGACCUUACUCAUCAAGCAGAGUGGUUCCAACCACUCAGAAUGUUGUUCCCAAAGAUGAAUGGACUUCAGAGAAAGUCCUCUUAGUGCUGGCUUCCUCUGUGUGUGGAUUGUGUGGGCAUCUGUGCAGAGGAUGUCUUCUUUGGUACAGCAGCCAGUAUUUCAGCUCUUGACUCCUUUGAGUAUGGUUUGCUGCAUUAAGGUCAGGUUCUUGGUGGAACUCUCAAAGCUGUUUGGCGUUAACAUGGUGUGCUUAGUGGGGAGUAUAAGAUGUGACUUACGACCAAUUGAAAGUAGUUGUAGAUGGUUACACCUACGGGUGGUGCCAUUGGGAUU